UAAACAGCACUUUCUCAGGCAGGGUCUUCUUUCCCCUGGUCAACUCAUUCUGCCAGUGGCUCUACUGCUAUCCAAUCAAGCAUGGAUUAUCAACAAGCUUGCGUGACGACAGGCGCCUGUCACCAGCCUGUAUAUGCACAUCACAAUCAAGGGUACACGCAUACACAUCCUGUGUGGACGGCUGUGCCACAGGUACGCAGGCCAUAUGACAGGUCGCACAACAUAUGUACUCAUGGCGUCUNNCAGUAUUCCUAUGGUUAUGAGCAGCACACACUGGUUGCGCCAGUAGGCAACACCUACGUUCAGGCUCCGAUCUUGACUCCAGACCACACUACACCAGCUGAACCAAUAGCUGUCGACGGCCACCGCGGGUAUACAACAGUCCCACAAGGACAGCCUUUGAUGUAUCGUAAUGGUGUCGAAGCCGACUAUGGGCAACCUACCUCUCCGAUCGAGUUCAACGUUGAUGAACUCUUGGAGUAUCAAAGACGACGCAGCAGUGCCACAUCCGAGGAGAAGGAACCACUGACACCAGCACAGCGAAGGCGAAAGGCACAGAACCGGGCCGCUCAACGAGCGUUCCGUGAUCGCAAGCGCCAGAGAGUACAAGAACUAGAAGCUCAAUUGUCGACUCUAGAAGUAAGAACCAAUUCCCUGGAGUCAGACAACGAGAGGUUGAAGCAUGAGCUACUCCGGACACGGGAAGAGAACGAAAUGCUGCGAAGGGCCAAUCAGCCUCUAUCGCCGAGUAAGGCAUUGCAGCCUGCUCGACGCAUGACAGUAACGAAAACAGACGGAAUCGGUCGGAACCUACCAGCGCAAUAA